CCCCCCUGUCCCCACGUGGCAGGAACCGUCUGUCCGUGCAGGAGGGACACCUGGAUUUGAAGGGGACAGAGCAAGUCUGAAAGUUUCACGGAUCAGUGGCAUUCCCUCGGACCUGGCGUCCCCACUGCUGACUUUGCUGGGUCCUACACAACGUGCCUGGCCAGGGCCUGAUGCAAGGAGCAGAGACAGCUCGGAGGACAAGAAGCACCAGCAGCCUCCUCGCCUGGGGCUGUUCCCGUUUUGCUCAUGCAGUGUGCCAGCUUUGGGAUUUUACUUUUCGUGUUGGCUAGACUAAAAUGAAGCUGACGUUGCUACCAAAGCUCGGAGCUGGGCUCAUCCCCCAGCGAUGAACCACGCCAGGCCUCGCUAUGUCAUCGAACGUCCUGCAUAUUCGGUCAGCCUCUUCGAUGAAGAGUUUGAGAAGAAAAGCAGAACUUACCCCGUUGGGGAAAAAUUGAAAAACCUCUUCAGAUGUUCAGCUUCCAGAUUCAAACUCAUCCUCUUUAGCCUGUUCCCAAUACUUGUAUGGCUUCCCAAGUAUAAAAUUAAGGACUACAUUUUGCCUGAUGUUCUCGGUGGGCUCAGUGCAGGGACGAUUCAAGUGCCACAAGGGAUGGCCUUUGCGCUGCUGGCCAACCUACCUCCCGUCAACGGGCUCUACUCCUCCUUCUUCCCCUUGGUAACAUACCUCUUCCUCGGCGGUAUCCAUCAGAUGGUGCCAGGUACUUUUGCAGUCAUCAGCAUUAUUGUUGGCAAUGUCUGUAAUGAGUUGGCUCCAGAGUCGGACUUCCAGUACUUCAACCAUACUACCAACGAGACCAGUGUGAAUACCACAGCCCUGGAAGCGGCCAGGCUGGAAAUCUCUGCCACGUUAGCCUGUCUGACAGCCAUCAUACAACUGUGCCUGGGAUUCGUGCAGUUUGGCUUUGUUGCUAUCUACCUCUCAGAGUCUUUCAUCAGGGGCUUCAUGACAGCAGCAGGGUUGCAGAUCCUCAUCUCCGUGCUCAAGUACGUCUUCGGCUUGACAGUCCCAUCUUACACCGGGCCCUUAGCUAUCGUCUAUACAUUCAUUGAUAUUUGUAAAGGUCUGCCCAAAACCAACGUGGCCUCCCUGGUCUAUGCCUUGGUCAGUGCUUUGCUCCUGAUCAUUGUCAAGGAGCUCAACCUAAAGUACAUGAAAAAGAUCCGGAUGCCCAUCCCCAUGGAGAUCAUCAUCGUAAUAGUUGCGACCGCAAUCUCUGGCAGCUUUAACAUGCCCGAGAAGUAUGGCAUGCCAGUGGUUGGGAAGAUCAGCAUGGGGUUCCCAGCACCAACCCUCCCCCUGGUGAACAAGUGGAAAGACAUGAUCGGCACAGCCUUCUCGCUCGCCAUCGUGAGCUACGUGAUCAACUUAGCCAUGGGGAGAACACUGGCAGCCAAGCAUGGCUACGACGUGGACCCCAACCAGGAAAUGCUGGCCCUGGGCUGCAGCAACUUCUUUGGAUCCUUCUUCAAAAUCCACGUGAUCUGCUGCGCUCUCUCUGUCACUCUCGCCGUCGAUGGGGCAGGAGGCAAAUCACAAGUGGCAAGUUUCUUUGUGGCCUUGGUGGUUAUGGUGACUAUGCUGGCUCUGGGGAUCUAUCUCGAACCUCUUCCAAAGUCUGUCCUGGGAGCCCUCAUCGCGGUGAACCUGAAAAACUCCCUCAAGCAGCUGGCUGAUCCCUUCUACCUGUGGAAGAAGAGCAAGCUGGACUGCUUGGUCUGGUUGGUGAGCUUCCUGUCUGCCUUUUUCCUGAGCCUUCCCUAUGGAGUUGCUGUGGGCGUGGGAUUUUCCGUGCUGGUUGUGGUCUUCCAUACCCAGUUCCGUAACGGCUCUGCCCUGGGCCAAGUAACUUCCACUGACAUCUACAAGAACCCUAAAGCCUACAACAAGGUACAUGAACUUAACGGGAUUAAAAUUGUGACCUACUGCUCGCCACUAUAUUUUGCAAACUCAGAGAUAUUCCGCGAGAAGAUUAUAGCCAAGACCGGGGUGGAUCCUGGUAAAGUGUACUUAGCCAGGAAGAAAUAUGUGAAACGGCAGGAGAAGGGGACAGCACAACCACCAACAAAGCUACCAAAAUUCCUACUGAGGCAGAACAAGACCUUGUCUUUGCAAGAGCUCCAGAAAGACUUUGAAAGCACCUCUCCAACAGAUACCAAUAACAACCAGACGACUACUAAUGGUGCCAGCAUCUCCUACGUUACAUUCCGUCCACCUGCCAAUGGUGCUGGGCAAGUGAACACCUCCAGUGAGCUGGGCAGCAUCUCUACCCUACAAGGAAGCACUUUCAGUGUCAUGCCUACAGCAGAUGUUGACCCUGUGAUGACAGCACCACCCUAUAUCAGCUUUCACACCAUCAUCCUGGACAUGAGUGGAGUGUGUUUUGUUGACCUCAUGGGCACAAAAGCACUGGGCAAGUUGUGUUCCAGUUAUCAGAAGAUUGGGAUUAAAGUGUUCUUGGCAAACGUGCAUGCCCAGGUGUACAAUGACAUUAGCACAGGUGGAGUCUUUGAGGAAGGAGGUCUGGACCAAAGUCACAUCUUUUUGACAAUCCAUGAUGCUGUUUUGUUUGCACUGGCAAAUAUCAAAGAAGUUGUCCACCCGCCCAUCUUAGAAGAGAGGCCAAAUCAGACAGAGCUCUCCAUCUAUGACGAGUCUGUGGACGAAAGCAGUGCAGAGUUCAAGAACCUGGAGGAGGAGAUGUUUGGAAGUAUGUUCCACUCAGAGACCCAGACAGCUCUGUGAGCGCACAGGGAGCGUCAGCGUGCGGGCAAACUCUCCUGAACAGGCUCCGCUCUCCCGUCCCUUCGUGAAGAGCUGCACUUCUACCUGGGGUUACAAUAAGUUGCAAAGCAAGAGACCGUCACACCUCUUGAACCGAUAAACUCCUCCCCCGUUCCUGCUCUACUUCUGGUAUUCAGAGCAAUGGACUCUGGAGCAGGCAACAGAAAUCUACGGAAGCAGGAACUCAGGAAAUGCUAUCUCAUCAAUUACAGAAGAGAAGCGAGUUCGUUUGAAGGCAGGUGCCUUAAUACAUGGGACAAUUAGUCAUUAUUGCCAAGUGCUCUCCUUUGUUUCACACAACUGCACCCUUCUGCCCACAUAGGCAUUACGUAAUUUGGGCAUCCCCCUUCUUUCUUAUCCUUCCUCCCUCUUUUCCUGAUGAAGUGAAAUACAAGCAAAUAUGAAGAGCCUCUCAAGGCUUUGAUUCACAAACAAAAGCAACUCUUGCAAGGUGCGGCGACGCAGCUUUGUAAGGUAAUGUUGUUCUAAAAUGUGCACUGACCUUCAGGGUUUCUGCACAGUAAGUGCAAGCCCCUGAAUUUCCCUGCGCGCCUGUGUAGCACCACCUCUGCCUUUCCCGUGGCCCCUCUUCCAUGACCCCCUUGUGCUGCUCUCUCUGUGACCCAGAAUCCCAGAAAUCACUGCCUCAAACCAACGCUGUAUUUCUGACACCCCAAAGUACCUCGAUACUCUAUCUCAGUAGGGCUACUUUCUGGAUUACAUUUUUUUUUCUUACUAAUAGGACUAACUUGUAAUCAAAAAUAAGAAUUCCUUGUUAUAGUAUGUUUCAUGCACAUGUUGUCCUGUCUGCCCAGUGGGUUGAGUAUGUGCUCAAAAGACCCAGGGUCCAGUUCAAAUCCCCUCCGAAGUUUUUCAGGGAUCUUUCUACUGACUGAAUGGCAUUUCAGAGAAGGCUCUUAAGACUGUGAAUGGCAUAAAAACAUAAAUCCUAAGGGUGUUCUGACUCUUCCCAUCUUCUUGUUGACUGGAGCAACUAAAAGAUUUAGUCCAGAACGUGGAUGGGUUCUUUGGGGAAAGAUGCUUUUCCCAAAUCAUUUUGAUCACAAAUAGAAAAUUCAGGGCAGAGAAGGAAGCCCCUUCUGCAGGCUUUUCAUGAUGCCAAUGACAGAGAGCAGUAAAACUGAAAUUUUAGUGUAUUUUAUGCCUGCAACUAGGGAACAGCCCAAGUGACACCCCAUGCUAUGCAGGGCUUCUGGUGACAAGCUCUCAAAUGGUCACUUGUGCAGCAAGAGAAAACUCUUGCGCUAUUUCCGUAACAAUUCUCUACUACAUGUUCAAUGAUUUUCAUUAAAAUUCACCACAGGCUAAUGCCACCAGGACCAUCUACCUCUCAGGCAAACAAGCCUGCCUCACUAACCCAGAGAUAGACAGCUGAGAUCUUAGUAAUUUCUAAAAAUCCGACAUUUAUUUAUAGUUGAGUGAUGCUAAUAACAACUGGUAUUUUAGUUUCUUUUUCUGAUGCCUUCCCUUCUUACUUGGUGCUGAUGUUGUGACGGUAAUGACAAGAUGGCAAUAUAAAGCCUGAAAAAUCUAAGCGUAAGCCAAGGGUUAAAGGGACCCUUUUUUCUUCAGUGCAUUUCAACCUCAAAUAUGGCUUUUAUGAAAAUAAGGUUAUAAAAAAUUUAAGAUAAAGAUACAUACCGGUAUGUCUUCAGUUGCAAUGGAAGCAAUUUCUUUUGUUUGAAUUUCAAAUCUUCCUACAAAGUACUUUCAGCACUGGGAUAAAACGCAAGCAUCAACAAGAAAAACCGAACAGCAAUGCGACAGUCUGUUAUCUUUCCAUGAACACAAAAAAUAAAAAGUGGCCUUAAUAAUAAAAGGAAAUUAUAUUUUUAAAAGUUAUUUCUAUUUUAUUACUCUAAGAUAUUAAAAAUAUUAGCAAGCUUUAAUGUACAGUUUUGAAGUACAUAUACAUUAUUGAGCUGAUUCACUAGCAGAUUGCUAGGAGGCUUUCUGGGGAAAGUGGGGCUUUCCUUACAGCUCCCAGAUGUCCCAUUUUUAAGGAAAAUAGAGCUUCAUGAACCAUCAUAGCUAGACAACCAUUAAAGGAAACAACAUCAGGACCCUGACAGUUUGGUUUUAUGUAACACCUCAUUAACUAAGUCACCAUUUCUCUACCUCAGUUUCUGAUUAUGUGGUGCAGGAGAGAGUAAUAAAACCAAAGGAGGUUAGUUUCCAAAAGGAAAAACCCGCUAACUAAUGGUUAUUACUUAUUUUAGACAGCAGUGAUUUUUUCCAGAGCCACGUAUAGCUCAUUUUAUAAGUUAAAAUCGAGAGACUAAUUCUCUUAAAUGAUCUUUGAGGGUGAUUACUCAUGGUCUUUUGUUACUGCCUGAGCGCUCGUUUUAGUUGCUCGUUUGAAAAAAGGCAACAACGAAAUCCGUGCAAUGGAAAAAGAAACUCUCCUACAGUAGCUAAUCAAUAUUUCUGUACCUCUGAGGUGGCAUCACAUUAAAUGAGGAAAAUGCCAAUUUCCAGUUCUUCAUUCAGGGUUAACUGCAGCAGGCUGAUUUCACAGUCUCAGGGCCUGACAGGCCAAACACAGGAAGCCUCAGAGCAACAGACCAUGUAUAAAAAAUAAGACUGUAUUUCUUGAAGUUCCUACAAGCAUAAUGGAUGGGAUGUCAAGAGAAAUGGCUUGAAAGCAGCAGCACUGACUAUAUGCUCUGCAAUUCUGAUGACCCAGGAAGAAGAAUACCUCGUUUCUGUAGCCAUGGGCCAACUGUGGCAAUAUAUGUAACAUCAGUAGGCAAAUGGCAUUGUUGCAGGCACAACAUGGCCAGUUCAAAGUCUGAAUUUCCAAGUGCUCUGGCAAGAGAAUUAGGGAAGCUCAAAUUCAUGCUGGAGUAGAAAACUUUUUAUCUUCCAGUGUCCCUUUAUUGCUCUUUAACAGUGAUGUUGAUGUGUAAUGGCUCUGAAGCCUUACCUGAUAAAUGCAUGAUGUAUAACCAGCUCAGAAAUGUUUGUAAUUUAUUUAAUUUAAUAUCGGUUUUGUUCUUUUUUUGAUAAUAAAGAAUGUGUGAAUAAUCA